UGCGGAUUUGUCUGGCAGUAAAAUGUGGACUCGCACAUGGCUGAACAGCCAGGAUCCGACAGGAUUCGGCAAUAGGGAAGGGCUGAUCCUCGUGGAGAACCCGCCCCGCUUUCGCUGGUGAGAGAGGGCGACCCUCCUGUCUUCCGUAACCUCGGCUCAACCCUCAGCCUACCUGAACUCCCGGCUUGGUGAUGUGGGAGCGUCUGCACGACAGUGAUCUUUGACUGCCUAUACUUACCUCCCAGAAAGCCGACCCUUUCAGACACGUUCGGGUCACUAUGGACGAAGCAGAUCUGCUGAAAGAGCGUCUUCAAGCUAUAACGCAUAAGAGAAAACUCCAAGAAGACAUUGUCAAGAAGAAGUUGGAAAUCGAAGAGGAGAAGCUGAAACUACAGUAUUUGAAGAAAAAAUCCUUGCGGGAGCAAUGGCUGAUGGAUGGACUGAGUCCACAAAGCGAGCAGGAACAAGAGGCCAUGAAAUUACAGGUCCUGAAUGAACAGGAACAAGCAGGAGUUCUGCAAAGAAACAUCCACAGGAUAGAGAAAGAAAUCGAGGCUCUGGAGAGUCGGGAACUGACAAUAUCGGAGAACGAGAUGCUCAUUCUGAAACGGCUGAAAGAAGUGGAGAAGACAACCGCGGACAUCAUCAAGAAAAGUUCAGCCACUGAGAAGCAGACGAAUGGAGAUGAAGUGAGAGGAGGCAGCAGCGACACUCAAAAUCAGAAAGAACAGAAAUAUUUUCCACAAGAAGUAACCAUGGAGACCAGCCAGCUAUCAGAAAUGGCUCCUGUCAGGGACCAUAAAAUGGAUUCUGGGGAGACAGAGGUGGCUGAAAAUGAGGGCUCGUCUGAGGAGGCUGAAACAGCGUGGUCCAGUGCAGCUUCUCCAGAAUCCCGAAUGAAAGGAAACGUGGACAUUCUGACGGUCCUGCCACAACGGGCAGCGGACAACGGGGAGCAACACAGCUUAGAAAAUGGGAAGGAAACAGACAAUCUGUGUGAAAAGGAGGCUUUGAUCUUGGAAACCGAACAUAAUUAUCUAAAUCGCACGGAGUCCAUGACCUCCUCUGUUUCUGAUACAACCUCUAGUGCAGGAACAGUUUGUGAGAAUGAAAUGCUUCACAAAACACAGGAGCAGUCAGAGCAGGAGCGAUCUGACACUCCAGUGUUGCCCACGACAGAGGACACUGAAGAGAGCGAGACCACCAGGACUCCAGAACCAGUGAUACAAGAGGCUGCUAUGGAUAGCCUCAGUAACAACAGAAUACAGGUGUCCAUUAUAGAAGACUGCGUUGGCGAAGAAGCUUCUUCUGGUAUCUCCACAUAUCUUGAUCCAGGUGAUGCUGACUUAAACUGCAUUUUGCGGGUUGAGAUAGAACCUGUCUCCUCUGAUACUGAGACUGAUGAGAGAUGGAGGGCCAUCUUUUCCUCCUCUAUUAAUAGGGAGGAUGAUGAUUCCUACAUGGAUGAAAUCCUAAAUUUAAGUGCCCAAGAACUCUUUGUGCAAAAAGUUGAAAGGAAUGUGGAGAAUAUUGUAGAAAUCAACCAGAGCGAUGACAAAGAUGUCCCUGACCAUGAAGAUACUCUUGAUCAAUAUGAGCACCACACCCCAGACUGUGAUGAUGCUCUAGACCAAUAUGAGCACCACAGCCUAGAUUGUGAAGAUGCUCUAGAGCAGUAUGAUAACUUCACCCCAGACCAUGAAGAUAUUCCAGACCAAUAUGAUAACAUCACCCCAGACACUGAAGAUGUGCUAGACCAUUAUGAUAACAUCACCCCACACACUGAAGAUGUGCUAGACCAUUAUGAUAACAUCAUCCCAGACACUGAAGAUGUGCUAGACCAUUAUGAUAACCUUACCCCAGACCGUGAUGAUGCUCUGGAUCAAUAUGAGCACCCAUCCCCAGACGGUGAAGAUGCUCUCGACCAAUAUGAUAACCUCAUCCCAGAUCAUGAAGACGCUCUUGACCAAUAUGAGCACCACAAUCCAGAUCGUGAAAAUGCUCUAGACCAAUAUGAGCACCAUAUAACAGAUCUUGAAGACUCUCUAGACCAAUAUGAGCAUCACAGCCAAGACCGCGAAGACCUUCUAGACCAGUAUGAGCACCAUACUGGUCUAGAUGACGCCUAUGAAUUUGAAACUCAAGAGCACCCCAAUGUAACUCCCUCCCUAUUUCACGGCUUAUCAAAAAUAUCAGAAGAUGAGGAAGAGUUCAGUCACGGUUUAAAAUGCAGCACAAAUGAUUCAGAGUCUUCAAAAGUAAAUACUAAUAAGAAAGUUCCUCCUGACUACUGUGUAAUUCAGGAGACAAAGAGCGAGAAUGUCAGUACAGAACAUGUGGAUUUUCGGGUUGCAAGAAAGCAAUGGCUAAAAAUGGAAGAGGCGACAAAAUACCAGAUUUAUCAACCCACUUUUAGGCAAAUGACAUGCCCGGGAGGACACAACUCCAUGUACACCCCCGUUAGAAAUAUCAACAGGUCCAAGAAAGAAGCAGAGUUGGACUGUACAGCGCUGAAUGACUAUUCUCAGACUCAUCUCAGCCCAUGUUCAGAGGACUCUGGCCUCGAUGACUCCAGCUACAGGUCUCCUUGCGAUGAUGAGACCCCGAUUGAAAGGGAAAUUCGCUUAGCUAUGGAACGGGAAGAGAGCCUGAGACGGGAGCGUGGAAUUUCUAAAGCCUACAAUGCCAAUGAAUGCACACAAGCUACUGGCAAACCAGUCAUUGUUCAAGCUGGAAAAAUUGACAGAAGAUUGAAUCAGGAGAUUGAAGAAAGGAGAAAGAUGUUUGAGGCAAAGGAAGACAAUUGCAGAUUCCCAAAGUCCCCCAGCAUUAAAACACCAUCCUUCAUUAUUACCUCCUCCCCGUCAAAAGGUCAGCUGUGCCAAGAGGUGUCAGGCAAUAGCGUGAUCAUCUUCGAACCUGAGCAAUACGCUUCCAGCCCAACACGCUGCAAGAAAGACACUAACCCGUUAGCAAAGAGAGCCAAUGAGUGGCCAUCGGAUGCAUCCAACGUCGUCAUACUGGAGGCUCCUGCCAUGAUCACACGCAGCUCGUCCGAGUUCUGCCUGAACUCUGUCUGCCAGGACACUCAGGACAGCACCUUUCUGAACAACCCCUUCUUCAAGUUACGCUCCAGGAGCACCCAGUCCCUGAUCGAUGACGAGAUCAAGAUGGUCAAGCAGAGAGAGGAGGAACUGAAGAAGCAAAGGGAAAGUAUAUAUGCUAAAGAUAGAUACAGCACAACACUAAUGUCACCAAAUGCACUGGAUAGUCUGGCCUACAAUAAGUCAGAACUUCCAGUGAAAUGUAAGUCUUCUCCCUCCUCCCCAAUGAAGUCAGCCUGCAAGGUGGAUCAUUCCUGCGAAAACAAAGUAACCCCUCUUUGCUCGUAAUCCUCUCCUCUAUCGCAAUGUCUCUCUCUUUGAAUAUGGUUGCCGUAAUGAGUAAAAACAACCACGCUAAUCUUGACUAAAUCCUGACAGUGUGGCUGUUCUUAGAUCAGUCAUGAAGAGUCAGCGCGUUCAUUACCUUGAUUUAACCAAAAACCGUCUGAAGUUACCCAGGUGAGUCUCUUUCUUAGUUAACUCUUUCUGGAGUUUGACGCAAGCUGUACGCUGCUGGGGGUAAUGAGUUCGACGGUCGUGCUAACAGUGUUGGAGAACGUCGGCCGUCGGCCAAAAUUUCUGUACUUUGAGCUUAAUUUCAUGAAACUGCAGGGCAGAUGUCAUGUAUAUCAACACUUACUGCUUGUGUAAUGUCAUUGCUACAUAGUUAAUACAUGGAUAAGCCAGAACAAAGUUGUGUGCUCAUGGCAGAUACCUGGUUGUUGAAUGCAGUGUUUAGUCCAGUUAUUUAUGUUGGUGUUCAUGUCCAUUAAAGACAGAAGUAUUUUAAAUGCAUCCCUGGCUACAGAGGAAAUACUUAUUGUAUUUUCUCCAUCAUUAAAUGCAUUUUCAAGAGAUCUUAAAAUUAGUAUACAUAUAUCUUCUAUGUUUAAACUAUUCAUAUAGCUGAAAAUUAGUACUGUAUAGGUUUUCUCAUUCUAUUAUGACAAUAGAGGUGAAUUAAACUUUUUUAUCCUUCAUCCUCAAAUAAUCAUAAUUGUCCCUUUUGUACUUUAUCUAUAUACAUGCAUACAAAUGACAAUUGAAUGCAUUGCAAUACGUAUUAUAAAAUUCCUCCUGUUCUAUGCUGUAUUUUAUGUCCUGUCGUCCUGCUUUUGUAAACUUGAAUUGCCCAACAAUAUUUAACACAAAGCAAUGCUUAAUUUUUAUAUAAUUAGUACAAAAUAAAGUUACAGUAUUGACUCAUUUUUGACUAUUUUUCAUAAUGCAUGUAUUUAUAUUUGACCGCUUUCUCCACACGAUAUAUUCAAAUAAGCAUUGCUUAUAAAGGUAAUGUUUCUUGGUAACUUUUUCGUGUUUGUUUGGAAGGGCUGCUAAACGCUGAAAGGUACCUUAGCUUUGGCGUAGACUGACAAUCCUGAAUACGUCUAAUUUCCUUUACAAAUGUUUGUGUGCGCUUUGUCCUGUAGUGAAGACAAUUUAUAUUAAAUGCUACGGCUUUGCUUGCUUAGCUUCGAAUUUUAGCUACCCACGUCUGUACGAAUGAAUCCGUGUCUAACGCAGAGUCGCCACAAUUGCCUUCAGUGUUUUUUUUCUUUUGUGUUGUAUUUUUAACUCAAGUGCUGAAAAAAAAGAUCACAUUGAAAUAAAGAUUUAUGAAGCAUA